AUGGCCGUAGUCAUUGCCAUAACCAUUGCUGGUGUCAUCAUCAUCGCCAUGGCCACGGUCAUAGUCAUAGUGAUUGCCAUAGCCAGUGCCAUCAUCAUCAUCAGUGCUACUUUCAAUGUCAUAGUCAUUGUCACGGUCACCGUCAUCAUCAUCAUUGCCACUGUCACUCCACAGCCCCUGCCACCGCCCCUGCCACCGCCCCCGUCACAACCCCCCCCCCCGUCACAUCCCCUGCCACCGCCCCCGUCACAUCCCCUGCCGCCGCCCCUGUCACAGCCACACCGUCAACAGAAACAGCAAAAAGAAACAGUAAUAAAAGAACCAGUAGGAACAACAGCAUCGGAAGCAGUAAGAGCGAGUGGGCCAGGAACAGCACAUGCAGCAGCAACUGCAACAGCAGAAACAGCAGGAAACCGUGAAGCUUCAACGGCAAGAAGAGCAGCAGAAAAGGAAGAGGCACUGGCACGAGCAUCGGAAACAGCAAGAACAGUAAGAACAGCUUCAGGAGCCUCAACAGCAACAGCUUAA